ACAGCAGCGCGUACCGGCGGUCACACACAUCAUUUACAGCGCAUACACAGAGUUAUUAAAACACUAUAUGAGCUAGUUUAAAGUGUUUCUGCGUGAUAGUAGUGCAGUGUAUCGGACUCGCUGGUUGCUGUUGUUUCAGGUGAAUAUCUGACUGGUCGCAUGUGGAUUAUAAGCGUUAAUUCAUUGAUGAUGAUGAUUAUGAUGAUGAUGACAGUGUGCAGGAACUGAAGGACGUGUUGUUUCAUUUCACCUGUCUCGCAUCACAGCUGACCGCAGACUCGUCUGAUACGCAGAUAGACACACAAAUCAACAAAAAUGCCCGUGGCAUCUGCCAGUUCUGACUCAGCCAUGCAGAGUCUGCUGGACACACUGAGCGACAGCACCAGCUCCACCAUAGCCAAUGACCUGGACCUCAUCUUUCUGAAGGGCAUCAUGGAGAGUCCUGUGUCUCGUGAGCACUUUGAAGAGCCAAAGCUAGAAGCCGUGCGGGACAAUAAUGUGGAGCUGGUGCAGGACAUCCUGAGAGACCUGACACCCCUCACACCUCACAGUCGGGUGGCUCAGGAGCUCUCCUACAUCCUCAAAGAGCCACACUUUCAAUCUUUACUUGAAACACACGACUCUGUAGCGUCCAAAAGCUACGAGACUCCUCCUCCCAGCCCCUGCGCAUUCAUGGACCCCACCCUCAACAACCAGCCCGUCCCCCCAGACGCCAUCAGAAUGGUGGGAAUCCGCAAAGUGUCCAGAGAGCACCUGGGCGUGACGUUUCGGGUGGAGGGUGGAGAGCUGGUGAUCGCUCGGAUCCUGCACGGCGGUAUGAUUGACCAGCAGGGCUUGAUGCACGUGGGUGACAUCAUCAAAGAGGUGAACGGAAAAGAGGUGGGGAGUGACCCCAAAGUUCUUCAGAACAUGCUGAAGGAGUCCAGCGGCAGCGUGGUCCUCAAAAUCCUCCCCAGUUAUCAAGAACCACACACACCGCGCCAGGCCUUUGUAAAGUGUCACUUUGACUACGAUCCCACUCAUGACAAUCUCAUCCCUUGUAAAGAAGCCGGACUCAAAUUCAGCAGUGGAGACAUCCUUCAGAUCUUCAAUCAAGAAGACCCCAACUGGUGGCAGGCGUGUCAUCUGGAAGGGGGCAGUGCUGGUCUGAUCCCCAGUCAGCUGCUGGAAGAGAAGAGAAAAGCGUUCGUCAAGAGAGACCUGGAGCUGGCCAGCGCAGGGCCUCUGUGUGCAGGGCUGGGGGGUAAAAAGAAGAAGAAGAUGAUGUACUUGACCACCAAGAACGCUGAGUUUGAUCGUCAUGAGUUGAGGAUCUAUGAGGAAGUGGCCAAAGUGCCUCCGUUCCGCAGAAAGACGCUGGUUCUGAUUGGAGCGCAGGGCGUGGGCCGUCGCAGCUUGAAGAAUAAACUUCUGGUGUCAGACCCGCAUCGAUAUGGAACCACCACUCCGUACACAUCUCGUAAACCAAAGGUGGAUGAGAAGGAGGGCCAGAUGUAUCUGUUCAUGUCUCGCAGCGAGAUGGAAGCAGACAUUAAAAGGGGGCGAUUUCUGGAACACGGAGAAUACGAUGGAAAUUUGUAUGGCACCAAAAUCGACUCCAUCCAUGAGGUCGUGGACUCGGGGAAGAUUUGCAUUCUGGAUGUCAAUCCACAGGCUCUGAAAGUCUUGAGGACAGCAGAGUUUCUUCCAUACGUGGUGUUCAUCGAAGCCCCAAACUUUGAGGUUUUGAAGGACAUGAACAGAUCUGCCAUUGAAGCUAGAGUUGUGAAUAAACAGUUGACGGACUCGGAGCUCAAACGCACAGUGGAUGAAAGCGAGCGGAUCCACAGGGCCUACAGCCACUACUUUGACCUGAGCAUUGUGAAUGAUAACCUGGACGGAGCGUACCGAAACCUGAGGAGAGCGUUAGACAGACUGAACACAGAUCAGCAGUGGGUUCCUGUCAGCUGGGUCUUCUGAGAUCUCCUCCACACUCGACUACAGUCGACUUAACUUAUGUAAUGUACAUUAAACGGCCCAUUGUUUUGAUUUUUCCACACAAAAAAAAAACAUGACAGUUAGUUUUUAUUUUAUGAAGAAAAGACACUGAACCGCUGUGUAUAUCUGUAGUUGUUUUAUGAGGGGUUCUGUACAGUGCUGUAUAUGUAUGUUUGUUAUUUCUGUGACUGUAGGCCUGUAAAUUUGUAUAGAAACUGUUGGCAGUAAAUACUGUAGAAUACAUUUUAGCACUACAAAUUAAAAUGAAGAUAUCAUGUUGGAUGUAUCGACGCUAUGAUUAUGUUGUGGUUUAAAGGAAUCGUUUAGCUUGAGGUAUUAAAUGCAGAAUUAAAGA